CCUCACAUUGUUAAUAAAAGCUUUUCGUUCAAAUCUCAACUGUUAAGCGGUCAGAAGUCUGAUAAAAUCGUCAAGAGAAACGCGAACGUGAAGAUAGUUUGCCAACGGCAGGCAACUUUGAAUUACCUAUUUAAAAUGAUUGUGGAUUUGUGAGACAUUUCAACGAAGGACAACAACUAAUUGGGACAAUAAUAGCAACCUGAAACGCGUUGACGUAAAAUGCCAAGGAAUCCAUAUGUGAUUGUCUUUCUAGCGAUCGUAUAUUCAGUGACAAAACUUUGCUAUGGAGAUUAUCAGCCACACUAUCAGCAACACAACAUUUCCUGCCUCGAUUGGAAACAAUCCCCUGAAUUGGUUUCUGGAAACUGUACAAAAUACAAAUAUGGAGCAUUGAGGUGCUUCGGUAACUGGAAAAAUUUGCAGUCGAUAAACGAUCAGAAGUAUCGGGGCAGACUGGAAGACAUAAUAUUUUGUGGUUGGCCGGAGCGAGAUUUUAAUCCAGUUGUCGAUUUACAGGCAUUCCCGCGCAUUAAGUCGUUGACCAUUGAGUACAGUCGCAUGGCACACAUUAUCGAUUUCCCUGAAAUGUUUCAUUUGCAGAUGAUAAAUAUUUCCUGGACGAAUUUAUCGCAUAUCGGACAAAGGACUUUUAAGAAAAUACACCCCUUAAGAAUUGUCGACUUAAGGUGGAAUAAAUUGAUACAACUCGAUACACCGCUGUUACUACCAAGGGCAUUCGAAAGCCUAUAUCUGUCCGGUAACCCAUGGAACUGUACAAGGAAUUUGAAGUGGCUUCUAAUACCAGAGAGGGCAAGUUAUGUAGCUGAUCGUCAAACAUUAACGUGUGGCGAUCGCAAAUUCAAAGACAGAAAUGUAAUGACAGUUAUGCACUAUAAAGUGACGUUAAAGAAUGCAUGCCAGUCCCACGAAGACCUGAAAAAUUGUUCGUGUAUUAUGCAUCACAUAAUUCCAAAAACGCAUAUGCCUUUGUACACAGUAAAUUGUUCGCAUUUAGGAUUUAAUCGAUUACCAGCUUAUCUGCCGGCCAACACAACCAUGUUCUUUGCAAACAAUAAUAAGAUUUCAGAUGUCUCGCCGUUGCGGAAUAACAUUCACUAUCGCUAUGUUGUCGAUGUGCAUUUAGAUAAUAAUAGAAUCGAGAGCAUAGAUGUUUUGGAAGGGGGCUAUUGGUUGGAACAUUUUCGCCUGCUCAGUUUAAGAAAUAAUAAAAUGAGGAAGAUACCAGUGUACGCCCUGGAUAAUGCACUGGAAGAUAAUGCGAAUGCCAAUCUCUUAUUGUUGAGUAUGAACCCUUGGCAUUGUUCCUGUAAAUUUGCUAUGCGCUUUAGAGAGAUUGUUAUAAAAUACGGUGAUAUAAUGAGGGACUCGGGGAAUAUUACCUGCAAAUACAUACAAGAUGGGGAAGAGAAGAAGUCCAGACUGAUGACUCUUACUCGCGAAGAUGUUUGCAAGCCAAAAGACGAAUCAAAAAUUCAUAUCCUGGAUUGGGUCAAUGGAUUAUUGGCCGCAUUGAUAUUACUAAUAUUAGGCAAGUUGGGUUACGAUUAUUAUUACUACAAAAAUUAUGGUCGAGUACCUUGGAUUGUGAUGAAACUGCCAUAAUGUACAGUCGCCAAUCAUAUUUUAAAGACAAGAAAAGUUCCUGGGACACGCAGCGGUGGGAAAACAUUGAAACUAUUUAUACAGAUAACAGUAACGAAAUACAUAUAUAGGUAUCAAUAAAUACAUUUUAUUCAAGUAAAUUUGUGCAUUGUA